CACACACACACACACACGGACUUCAUGCAGUGUGUUGCCUUACAGGUGUGUGUGUAUUUUUAUUUAGCUGUAGAAUAGUGUGUGUGUGUGUGUGUGUGUGUUCCAUGUCUCGGUUUAAGAGAGGAGCUGUAGCCGACCCUCGGGCUGGGUUCAGGCAGGACACUCCGGAAUGUCCGGUACCGGCAGGACUCCUGAAGAGCGCCAGGAAGAGCGGGCAGCUCAACCUCUCCGGCCGCGGGCUGAGUGAAGUUCCUCAGAGUGUUUGGAGGAUUAAUGUGGACCCUCCAGAAGAAGCUCAGAAGAACCUGUCCUUCAGUGCAGCAGAGCGAUGGUGGGAGCAGACAGAUCUCACCAAACUCCUGCUCUCCUCCAACAAACUCCAGACAAUCUCUGAAGACAUCAAACUCCUGCCUGCGCUUUUGGUUUUAGACAUUCAUGACAAUCAACUCACAGCAUUGCCGACAUCUAUUGGUGAGCUGGAGCAGUUACAGAAACUCAUCCUGAGUCAUAAUAAGUUGACAGAGCUGCCCACGGAGCUUUGGAGCCUGACAAACCUGCGAUGUCUCCAUCUGCAGCAGAACCUGCUCGAACAGCUGCCUGCAGAAUUGGGCCAGUUGUGCCAGUUGGAGGAUUUUGAUGUCUCCAACAACAAAUUAAUGGCUCUACCAGACAGCCUGGCAGACCUCAGCAAUCUCGUAAAACUGAAUCUGUCCUUCAACAAUCUGAAGUGCCUGCCCCCUUCAAUCAGCGGAAUGAAAAACUUGAGAAUGCUGGACUGCUCUCGGAAUCAGUUGGAGAGCGUGCCGCCUGUCCUGGCACAGAUGGCAUCUCUCGAGCAGCUGUACUUGAGGCACAACAAACUGCGCUUUCUUCCGGAGCUGCCCUCCUGCAAAACACUCAAGGAGCUUCACUGCGGGAAUAAUCAGAUUGAGGCAUUGGAGGCAGAUCAUCUAAAACACUUGAGUGCUCUGAGUGUUUUGGAGCUGAGAGAUAACAAGGUGAAGAGUCUUCCUGAGGAAAUAACUGUACUGCAAGGCCUGGAGCGCCUGGAUCUUACUAACAAUGACAUUAGCAGUGUGCCCUGUGGUCUUGGAACUUUGCCUAAGCUGAAGUCUCUGGCACUGGAUGGCAAUCCUCUGAGGGCAAUCCGCAGGGAUGUUCUGAGUAAAGGCACCAGUGAACUCCUGAAAUAUCUAAGAAGUCGAAUACAAGAGCAGCCUGAUGGAAAAGCCAAGGAGGAACCGAGCACAGCGAUGACCCUCCCUAGCCAGGCCAAGAUUAAUGUGCAUGCCAUCAAAACGCUGAAGACAUUAGACUACAGUGAAAAACAAGAGGCCACUAUACCUGAUGAAGUCUUUGAUGCAGUCUGUAACAGUCAUGUUGCCAACGUGAACUUCAGCAAAAACCAGCUGACUGCUGUUCCUCCCAGGAUUGUGGAUCUGCAAGACACUCUAGUGGAUAUCAAUCUCGGAUUUAAUAAACUUUCCAUGCUUCCUCUUGACUUUUCCAAACUACAGCAGCUUGUACACAUAGACCUCAGAAAUAAUCUGUUGACAUCACUGCCAGAUGAGCUGGUAGCUCUUACUAAGCUGCGGGACAUCAUCCUGUCAUUUAAUAGAUUUAAGUGUUUCCCUGAUGUUCUGUACCGCAUCUUAACUCUGGAGACAAUUCUAAUAAGCAACAAUCAAGUUGGAGCCAUUGAUCCUGUGAGGCUUAAGCUGCUGGACAGGUUAUCCACUCUGGACCUGCAGAACAAUGACAUUAUGCAGGUGCCACCAGAACUGGGUAACUGUACCAGCCUGAGGGCUCUAAUGCUUGAUGGGAACCCUUUCCGUAACCCUAGAGCUGCGAUUGUAGCAAAAGGAACAGAUGCUAUCCUUGAGUAUCUACGAAGUCGCAUUCCUACAUGAAUCUAUCGUCUUACAGGGCUGAGCGACUGGCACUGCCACAUAACUAAAGCACUAUUAGACUAAUUCUGCAGGCAAGACACAACACUUUUCUGCCAUAAACCUGGGAUUUUUGAUAGUCAUAAAAUCUUGUAUCCUAGUGUAAAUGUUAUAUACAUUUCCCGGAGUAAACGUCUCGAGAACUUAACGUAAUUUUUUUUUUUUUUUUAAUCCCAGGUUUAUGUUUACAACUUGUCACAACUCAUUUACCAUACUCACUUUGUACUUUCUGACUGACUAUACAAUAAACAGCACUGCAACUGCA